AUGCCCGGCAUUUGGGCUGGAAAUGCCAGUGGGAUGACGGAGGACUAUUGCUAUGGUAAAGAUGGCAAGCCGAAACCCCGAAUCCCCGAUGCCCUGUUGGAGCGAUUUAAAGCAAGGCUAACCAUAUCAUGGCCUCCCAUAGUACAAGGAGUACCAGCUGUGAAUUUAUGGCGUCACAAGUACAACACACAUGGGGUGUGCUUUGAAGACUGGACGCCUUCUGAUUAUCUCAACUUUGUGGACAGAGUCAGUCUCAACAACAUAACAAAGUUAUUGGACACAAAUGGUAUCAAGAUAUCAACGACUGUGAAAUACUCCAGAAGUGCAAUCGAGAAAGCGAUUCGAAGCAAAAUUGGAGAUGGCUUCAAUAUGUAUCUUGGCUGCCAGCAGGAUGAGACUUUUUUUACUUGA